UUAGCAACUGUGGAAGUUUGUCACAGGGGUCAGUGUCUUUCCCUGGCAAGAUCUGCUCUGCCUUCACCUGGUCAGUUUUUUAUGGCUGUGACUUUUGUCACUGAAUAGGUGCUUUUUGCCUGCAACUAGGACAGUAAUUGUAAAUACCUAUAUUUGAUCACUGAAUCUCACUGUGCUAUAAAAUCUGGAAUGUGUAGAUGUGACUGUGACCUACAAUGAGCACAUUUUAUAGCAAUUGCUAGCUUUCAAAACCUUGGGACCAACAGGUAGGUAGAACAAACAGAGCAAGUGGCAUAUGUUUGAUAUAAGAUGGUAUAAGGACCUUUGAAGUUUUUAUUGUCCUUUUUUUGUAAAACUUAGCUGUUGCUCACCUGCUCCUGAGUGUUGCAUCCAUUCCAUGGCCAAGCAACAAAUGCUUUGUACCUACUGCAUCUUGGCCUGCUUUUGUUAUGCAUUUGUAAUGUGCUGGAGCAACAGCCUUCUGCAGCAGUGACCCCUUACCCAGCCCUUCAUCUCCUCUUGGUGUAAUAGCUUCUCACGUAUGGGGUCAAACCUGUCUCGUCCAGUGUAUGCACCAGAAGUGUGAUCCCUGUGUGCCUAAACACAUGGUGAAUUCCUUCCUUUGAAAUGGUAAGACUUAUUUUUCUGCAUCAGGAGUAGAAAGGAAAGGGUGUGUAUUCUUCUGAUUUGUUUAAAUAACUGGCUUAAAUAUUUAGCUUUAGUAUGGGGGUGGUUUUGUUGUUUCUAAUAAUAUUGUCUUAGGCAGAGAUACAGGAGGAUGUCUUUUGGGAAACCUCCCAGCAAGUAUCUGAGCACUUCAGUUUGUGGUACCCCUAGAACGAGUCUUCUUUAAUUUUCCCUUCUACCACUCUGUCACCAAAAAUUCAGUGGUACAGGAAAGCUUUCCCUUAUAGGUUCCCUCUACAGGACCCAAACACUGGCCUUGUUCUGUAGUCCUGGGUAAGCCACUCAGCCAGUUGUGCUUAGUUUUUCCCUCCUUCAUUAACUGUUGAUCCAUUGUCCUGCACUGGGGAGGACUGCUAGGAAUGCAGCGUAUUCAGUGCAGGCACAAUGCACUGCAGUGACUAGGGUCAUCUAAGGACCAGCUGUGGAAAUUUGGCUGCACUCCUCACUUUCCUUUCCUCCUUGUCAUAGGGCUGUGGAAAAAAAAAAAACACCCCUAAGUUGUCAUGUGCUCAUGGUGGUCAGGGUCACCUAGAUGAGGGCUUGGCUGUUGACAGCAUUUUAUCCAUGACUUUCCUGUACCUCUUUAACACUGCUUUACAGCUACAAGGGGAUAAGCUUUUUGAGGCAAUAAAUUGGAAAUUAUGACCCUGUGGUGGCUACCUUGAAAGUAGUAUCCCCAUUUUCCAGGAAAAGCAGCUUGUGUCUGUUCUUUCUGUUUGUUGAAAUUUGCAGUUUCUGUGUUCAAGUUUUUCAUUCUUCAGCUUUGAGGCUUUGAAGCUAUUUGGAUGCUUGAGUUUCACAUGUAAUUAUCAUUCUUCAGAUAUUGAGUCUAACAGUGCCAGCUGUCACAAGCACCAGGAACCAAACUGGAGGAGCUGACAGUCUCUAGGCAUAGGCAGGUGACGUGACUUAUCCAUGGCCAUAUGGCCAGCUGAGUCAGGAUUAAAAUUCAAGUCUUAUGAUUUUCCUAAAGAAUGCCAAGCCUGUGGGAGCCAGCUGACUUUCUGCCACAGCUUUGCAGAGGACAAACCACAGUUUAUGCCUUAAGUAGUUAAAAUAGUCUUACAUGACUGGUCUCAGUUUCCUCAGUGUAGAAAUACGAGUGCUGGUGCUAGCUGUCUUUAUGGCAGGCAACUUCCUGUUCUGUGCUGUGUCUGAGACGACCUGUGUUUGCUUUCCUGGGCUCUGGGAAAGUUGUCUUGCAGGAGCAGGUGAAUUUUUGCUUGCUAAGCCCCAGCACAUAGUAUGGCAGGAGUUACCUGGUGUAAUCUAUAGCUCUGUAUCAGGUUUUUCAGGUGCUGGACACUGCCCAGACCUGGACUGUACAGUAUCAUAGCUGACCUUGAGCACAGGCAGCCAAACCCAUGGGGGAAGACAGGGCUGAAGUCAAAUAUUAUACACCAGGGUGAUUUGUGCAUGUUGUGUUGGAGCCCUCUAGAUCCCUGGCACUUCCAUCCUCCCAUUAGAUCACCCAGGCCCUGGGAAAGGAAGUUUUGGUCUCCAACACAGUUUGCAGAGGUGGAGGUGGCUGAGAACUCGUUUGAACAGAAGCUGGGACCCCAUCUCUUGUGGAAUUGGUGCUGGUCAAACCAUGUACCCCAAAAACAGUCCCAUAAAGCUUUGUCAGCACCCACUGGCUACAGCUGGCACCUCGUUUCUGUCAGCGUGUUCAUGGGAACAGUGAAUGUUUUCAUACAGUUUCAAAUGGAGGCUGGACAAGUGUCUUGGAAGAUAAGGAAGGAAUUGCGCCAGGCUGGCAGUGGCUAUUGGCUGGCAGAUGUCUUCAGGGAAGUCUUCUCCUUGUUUGUCCUGCUGUAACUCUUCCUUCACCAGCCAUUCACAGCCACUGUUGAGGGCAGAAUGCUGGGCUAGACAAACUGCUGUGACCCAUUGUGCACCUUUUUAUGAUGGAAAUCAACGGCUCAAGAUACAGAUAUUGUCCUGACUCCAGGUUAGGUGUGGAAAUUGAUUCUUACUGGUGUUGACCUUUUCCUGCCAGAAGGGACCGGGAAAAACUAAUCCUGACAAGAAGUUUUGGUAACAAUCACUGGCUUUGUCACUGGAGGUGGCUUGACUUCAUCCCUCUGGCAGAGCCUGGCAGGUUUGUCUGACCAAAAGCAUUAGCUGCCUGUACAUAUCUUCUCAGCCUUUGCCCCUUGCAUUAGGGAAGCAUGGUUCUUCCCAAGCUGAUCUUUCUGCACUUAAGCCAGCUCUGCUUGCCUCACUUUUGGAGACUGGUCCACAGUUCUGGUACUCCAAAGACCUUAGCCUCUUUCAGAGUGGUCCUUCUGUGAUGUGCAUCCUGCUGAUGAAGCAGCUGCCCCGGUCCCUUGCAGUGAUGAUCUGUAACUAGGGAAGGUAUGACAACACUUGUUAGGCUGAGAUCUGCUUUGUGCCCCACCUGCACCACGCAGGGCCCUUAAAAACAGGGACAGAGAGUAAGAAUUUCUCAGUCACAGGCUUCUGGGAGAGAAGUCCAUCAGAGCUGCAAUGUAUUUUGCUUUCUGGGGCUCUCUCUUAUUUGCUGCUUUGUUCCUCUACCAGUGCUGUCUCACCAUUGAAAAAGCCACAUCUGGCUUGAAGCCACUUGAAGCAGCUUGGACAAGAGACUUCCUGCUCUGAACAUUGAAUUAAUGGGCAUGGUCUUUUACAUGAGUGAAAUCCUUUCAGACUUUUGUCCAUGUCAGGCUCCCAGCUCUACUAAUUAAGAGGCUUUUAACUCAGACAGUGUUUGGGAGCCACAGUGCAGCUGGGCUUUUGAAAAAAUGAGGAAAUGCUAGAGGUAGGGAUGUAAUGGGUUGGAUUUCAACUUCAAAAAAGUGUCUCAGAGAGAACAGAACAUCCUCCUUGCAUCAUCUUUUGUUUGCUGCAGCAAAGCUGGGCAGAUGUCAACUGCAUGGGCUGCUCUAGAACUGCAUGUGCUGCUCUAGAACUGAUGAAGCUGAUAAUAAGAAAGUAAGGUCAUCUUUACUUCUGGGGUACUCAGUGUGUCUUAGACAGCUAGAUGGAUGUUUUAGAAAACAUUGCUUACUUGUGCCUUUGCUUAUUCUGGCUAUUUUCUGCAAUCCUGUCAUGGCUCUCACUUUGAAAUCCCGUUUGCUUUCCACCCAUGCUGCUGUCUGGUACAGGAUGAUGCUUGUACUGAGGCUGUAUCUUUGCGAAAGGAAUGGGCCUGGAAAAACCCUUCAGGAAGGUGGCAUGUAGAAGCCAAUAAUUAUCAUUCAUCAAUAUUAUUCCUCACUAUAAUCACCUGUAAAAUUUAGGAAGCAUGAAAUAUUUGGGUCUCUUGUUUUUCUUUCAAGGCCAGCUUUGCCACUUUUACUUGAAUAUGAAAAGUCAGCUGGUGUUCCUUCUGACUUUCUUUACUACUUUCACACACAGACUUGCUGUCAGAAGCAAACUGACUGUCCAGCUAAUGCAUGGAAUCUAACUAGAGUCUCCAAAUUUUCCUGUGUUGUCUCCAUAACACAAAAUAUGCUUGGUAGGAGGGUUUGUUUGAGAAAGAGCAAGAGAGGAAAAACAUGGUCUGCCUUCUUAUUUUUUAUGCUUUCUUCCUUUCUUUCCUCUCCUGUGUUCCCCAAAGCUUGGGUCCAACUGUGUCCAUUGCUUGCCAGGGAUGUUUACUUGACUAGAAACAUAUAAUAGUACCCAUUUAUAGGUAGCCUUCUGAAGAGUAUAGUGUCACUUGAACAGAUAUUUAUUUGAAACAGAGGUGCUCUGGAAAAACACUGAUUUAAAAGGGGGAAUGAAGCGUUCUGCUUGUUCUGUGAAGCAGAACCAUCCUCUGGCUCACAGACCAGCAGUAACAAACAGAGUCAAAGAGCGUGGGGCAUAAUUGCCUUCUCCUUUUGUGUCAGCUUCAUAUCGUUCUCGCACGUGACAUUCUUCCUGGCCAUCAAGCUCUUUAUCCUCCCAUUGUACCAAGAGUGCAAACAGAAUUAGUUUGUUUGUUAUCGUGGCAUCUGUACGUGGCUUUUAAUUUCUUGGAGAUUAAAAAAACCCAAGCAACCCAACCCUCAAGCCCUCUUUGUCCAGCACUGUUUAAAUCUGCUCUCAGCUUGCUUGCACAGCUCUUUUCUGCUCUGCAAUGUAGAAAACAGGACUGCAGACAGAGAAAUCUAAAGCAAUCUGUGCAACAAGGCUUCAAGAAUGUGGUGGCAUUGCUGAAGAGGAGCUGUCUGGAGAAGGUGUCUGACUCCAUGAGAUCACUCUUCUGUUUGGCCCUGCCCUGGGGAAAAAGACUUUGAGAAGAUGGAGAACCAGAGUGGAGUGCUCUUGGGAUACAUCCGCUGGGAAGGAAAAGAGGAAGGGGGUGAGGAGAAUGGGGUGGCUCCUCAUGUUUCUCCUCCCAACCAAAUGAGCAGUCUGGAAGAUGUGCAGGUGGAGAUGCUUGAGAAAGCAAGGGAGCUCUUCCAGCUGUGUGACAAGGAUAAGAAGGGUUUUAUCACAAAGGUGGACAUGCAGCGGCUGCAGAGUGAACUCCCCCUAACCCCUGAGCAGCUGGAGACUGUUUUUGAUAGCUUGGAACAGAAUAAUAAAGGAUACCUGACACCUGUGGAGUUCAGCAUGGGUCUAGGAAAGUUAAUAGGGAUUGAAUUGUGUCAAGGAGCUGGGAGAACAGAUCACUCCAGACAUGAGGAGACCUUUGAGUCAGGCUGGUCAGAUGACUUGGACCCUGCAGAUGAUGAUGAAGAGGAGAAACGAUUCUGCUCCAUGAUGGAGCAGCUUGGAGCAGCCCAUUUGUUUGAAGACCCACAUGAGAUUCGGGAGCUCUGGGCUCGCCUACGAAAGGAGCGUCCAGAGCUCUUAUCCAAUUUUGAAGAGUUUCUGUUGCGUGUUUCAUCGUACAUAAAGGAGGUGAAUCAUGAGAAAGAGUCAAUGGAACAAGCAUUGAAGAGGAAGGAGUCAGAUCAUGAUCGAGAAGUCAGGUGCCUUUAUGAAGAAAUGGAACAACAGAUCAAAGUAGAAAGGGAGAAGCUGGUCUGCCAGGAAGCACUGAGGCAUGACAGGAGUAACCUGCUCCAGAAGGAGCUGCACAACAAAGAGCAGGAGCUGGAGAAAAUCCUCUACCGCCAGAAGAAGCUGGAACAUCAGCUGCAGUCGCUGAACUCAGAGCAGCUGGAGACCCGCGUGCAGAAUGAGAGGCUCCGGCACCUGAAUGAAAACCUGCUGGAAGAGCUGGAGAAAAGCAAAUGGGAGCUAGAGGCAGUGAAGGGGCAGUUACAGGAGCUCCAGAAAGAGGCUCAGCUUGAGCAAGAGCAGAAGGACAGGGAUGUGUUUAGAGUCUCCAAGAACAUGCAGAAAGAGAAACAAAGCCUCCUUCGGCAGCUGGAGCUCCUCAGAGAAAUGAACAAGAAACUUCGAGAUGAGCGAGAUGCUUUUGAAGCCAAGAAGCUGGUGCCUCAGAACAAAAAGCCCCUGUUGAAGAAAGGGUCAGUGCUAGGCAGUUACCUGCUGGAGGACAAACCUGUCAAACGACAACUGGCCUCUGCGGACCUUCCCUUCACCUUCCCAGUGGAUGUGGCAGUGGAAGAACCCAACAGAAAGAACUGUAAAUACUUCCCAGGCAAUGGGGUAUGGAUGAAGACAGGAGAAGGAGGCAGCACAAACUUCGGAGAGAACAGCCGAGAUGAGGAGAGAUGGCCCUUGGCAGCAGAUCCUGAGUGGUUUAAGAUGACUUUGAAGGGUGAUUCUGACUGCAGAAAAAAUGCAGAUGGCUUAGAUGCUGCUCUGCUGCCUCCUCGAGCCCAGCCUGUUGGCACUGAAACCAGGCUCCAAGCACUGGAACCAGCCAGCUGUUCCCCAGAUCGCAUCUUUAAAGUGGUGUUUGUAGGGAAUUCCGGUGUUGGGAAGAGUUCCUUCAUCCACCGCUUCUGCUACGACAGAUUCUUGGCUGAGCUCAAUGCAACCAUUGGUAUCGACUACCAGGUGAAGAGCCUAAUGGUGGAUAACACCCAGGUUGCCUUACAGCUGUGGGAUACAGCUGGACAAGAGAGGUUUCGGAGCAUCACCAAGCAGUAUUUCCGGAAGGCAGACGGGAUCCUGGUGAUGUACGACAUUACGGCCGAGUGCUCCUUCCUGGCGGUGCGGAACUGGAUGAGCAGCAUCCAGGAAGGUAUAGAGGAUGGAGCUGUGGUCUUUCUGCUUGGAAAUAAAUUGGAUGCUGUGCAGAGAGAGACCCGGAAUGUACCCAAGGUGGAGGGUGAAAGGCUGGCGAAGGAGUACAAGGCUGUGUUCUAUGAGUGCAGCGUGAUGACUGGCUACAACAUCAUGGAGCCCAUGCUGCACAUGGCCAGGUUGCUGACAGCACAAGAAGACAGGCAGAGGGAGAAUGCCCUGCAGCUGGAGGAUAUCAGCAGGAGGAAAGGGUGCUGCACAUAAAGCACACCAAUGUGUCAGCAAGAGACGUGCCAAUGCUGUAUCAUGAAACUGGGGGUUCCUUUCAAGAAAGCUGAAUUUGAUGAUACCAGCUCUCUAGAGACUUGGGGAAGGCGAAGCUUUUCCUAGUCUGUGAAUUUUGAGGCAUUAAUCAGGCCAAAAUGUGCAUAUUAUCUGCACUGUUCUACUUCCCAAGUCUGCAUGCAGCCCUGGUCUCUAGAGGCCUCUGCUUCUUUGGGGGAAUUUGGCUGGUCUGAGCUAGUAACACAGACUGGGCCUUCUGUCUGGAGAGGUUGCUUCCCUGUAAAGGGAUGCAGUCUUGUUCAUGUUCUUUAUGGCAAAGAAGUGGCCUAGCAGCAGAGAGCAGAGGAAAGGUGGGUCUGUAUUCAAUAGAAUUUCCACAUAAGAGAGUAAAAUUAUUUUAAAUUUGGGCUAGCUCUAAGUAGUGAUCCAUCUAUCUCGGAGAGAAGCAUCUCCUCUUGGUUCUGCUGCAGCAGUGCUCAGCUGAGAGCCCACUCUGGUGAGUGAGAAUGUUUCCACCAGUUUCUGCAAGAUCUGGAUAGGGCCCUGGAUUUACUGCAGGUUUGGGUUGGACUUGUCAAUAUUGUAGUUAAUAGAUUCCAUAUGUGAUUAUAGUAUGAACUGAUAGGACGAGUCAUCCAAAUGGCUUUCAUUGCUUUGUCACCCCUAUAGACCUUUUCACUGUCCUAGCAGUGUCCUGUGGAUGUUCACGGAACACAGAGCAGUUGCCCUGGGACCCGCAGGCACUGGUGUGUGCUGCUGAUUCAUAGCCCAUUGCAGGAGCUGUGCUGUACAAAUCAGGGCAGCCAUAUAUAGCCUGUUUUAAGGCUGAAUGCUGCCUGUUUCCUCCCAUUCUUAUUCUUUCCUGAAGAAUCUCCAGCAAUUUGGAACUGCCUUACCCACAGUCCUGAAAGGUCCCACCAGAGUGCUUUUAAAUGCACCUGGGCUGGAAGCACAAGGCAGCUGCCUGUAUAAAAUGUACCUUUUUCUCUUGCAGGGACCUUGAGCAACAGCCUCACUUUAUUGCUGAAGGGCUGAGAUAGAGCCUGACUGAAUCUGUUCCCAUUGGGAAGGGUCCUUCUUGUCACUAAAGGGUGGGGCGAAGCAGGGUGAGGAGAAGCACGGGCAGAGGUGGGAACUGUCCCCGAAAGUGCUCCUGUGGGCAUAGCUGCCACUGUGCCUGGGCAUGGAGCUCUGGGCUGCAAUGCUUUCUGGUUUGCCGCUCAGUGGCUCUCAAAGCCUUGGGAUUAAGUGAGAUUUUUGUUAGUGCCCUUUCCCCUUUUGUCUUUGAGGCUGUUUCUGUAUGUGGUGGACAUUUUAGGCACAAGAUGUGAUACUGCAGCUGUGACGCAGCCCCCAGACCUUGUGGCAUAGGGAAGGGCUGUGCUUGUCCAAGGUCUUUCCUCUCUUGGGAUGAGGUGGUUACUCUGAAUGUCUGUUUAUUGCACAAAUUUCCCUGGGAAUAUCCCAUGCAGGAAAAGUGCUCUGAGUCACCUACAGCCUAUCAGUGUUACAAAGAAUUUCCAUCAUUCCUCCCAGUGCCCUUUACUUCUGAUAGGAAAGAGGAAGUUUUUCUCUGGAAGAGCAGGAUUUCUGAGUAAAAGGAAGAGCUAAAAGUAGUAAGAUCCUGCUCAGUCCUUCCAGUUGGCUGGCUGUGGCUCACUGUCCAACUGCACUAACGCCUUCCAGCAACUGGGAAUCAGAAAGUUGUAAGAGGCCCUGAGGGAACCAGGGCAGCUGGUGUGGAGCCUGGAGUUCAGACCUACAGUGCUGCCAGGGGAACUGCUCGUGUUUGCAAGAAGUGAUGUUUGGGAGGGGAGAUCCAUGCUAGGGUGUUCUGACCAUGCACCUCCCACACUCUUUACACAGCACACCCGAGACAGAAGUGUGAAAUUUGCCUGACACACACAUACAGGCCAGUUCUGUGUAUUACCUUUAUCAGUGCUGUCAUACUGCAAUGGUGAGAACGAUCAGGUUCUUUUAAUGUACAACCUCAAGUAUGUUUUCUUAGUGUGCAACCAGUACAGGCAAUAAAGAAAUGCUGUCUUAAAA